AAUCCUGCUCCGGUCACAUGGUACAGAGAUGUUUGUCAAUUAGGACCGAGUUAGAUCAAUGUUGCGUCGACGAGGACACCGCAUGCUAACACAUCAAAACAUUAGGACAGCUCCAGCCGAAUACCGAACUACAGGGACGAUAACUCAAUCAAUUCGCUGUGAUAGCUUUUGCUUUUAUCAUUUAGAACCAUACAUGCAAUAGCUAUAUCACCUCGGACGGAAAGAUGAUUUCCCCGUGGGACCGAUGGUAUUCGACGAGUUGCUGCCUCUGCUGUCAUGUUCGGACGGGUACCAUUAUACUGGGGAUUUGGUAUAUGCUCAUCAAUGCGGUGGUGCUUCUGAUUCUGCUCACCGCUCUCAGUGAUCCUGAAAAGUAUCACCUGACCAGUGCUGAGCUGGCCAAUGACCUCGAUAUGAUGGACGAUGCCAAUAUGUGCAUUGCCACUGCAAUGUCCCUACUUAUGAUACUAAUAUGUGGAAUGGCAACAUAUGGUGCUUAUAAGCAACAAGCUGCCUGGAUCAUUCCGUUCUUCUGCUACCAACUCUUUGACUUUGCACUUAACACCCUGUUUGCAGUUAGCGUUGUGGUCUACCCCAACACCAUCCAAGAUUAUCUUCAUCAGCUGCCUGGGUACUUCCCUUACAAGGAGGAUAUCAUAUCCAUGAACAGUGUGUGCCUCCUCUUCAUCGUGCUCCUCUUCAUCGGCUGCAUUCUGGCCUGCAAGGCUUAUCUGAUCAGCUGUGUAUGGAACUGCUACAGAUAUGUGAGUGGAAGCGAGCCCACAGGGGUCUUGUUGUACGUCACCACUAAUGACACCGCAGUGCUGUUGCCCCAGUAUGAUGACACCAUGGCCAUUCCAUCCAAACAUGCCCCACCCCCGUAUACCACAGCAUGAAAGGGGGUCCCCAUCCCGUCUACCCCCUACUGAUAGGACCUUGCCGUUGCUGUAGCUUCACUUUAAUUCCACAUACUGUGCCCCCUCCACUUAUCUCUCACACAACACGGUCACACUUUUAUUCCUGACCUCUUCUGAAAGCAGCACUGUACCUUUCCAGAUCUCCGGGCCCGACAGAGACUGUAGCAAGGCGCUGCCUUUUAUUUCCCUUGUGUGCUACCGGGUCUACAGUGUGCACCAAACUUGUGUUCACUGUUAUAGAGAAACCCAUUACACAGUUUAUGAAGGAAAAAUAUCUCAAUUAAAGUGCAGCAAGGAAGGCAUUUAUGAAGUUGAUGAUUUCCUACACUGAAUGUAAUAUCUUCUGUAUUUUUCUAAAUAAAAUAAACAAAAAAAAAUCUCUGCACCACAUAAUACACAUUAUUUCAGUUAUUUCAGCUUGUACAUUACUGCAAAUGUAUAGGUUCAUAUGUGUUUGUCCAAUGAACACACACAUACACACCCACACACACACUACAGUCUAGAUCUGUUAUUGGCAUUAUUCUGUUAUCUAGUAUUGUGAUAAAAUGACCAGAGUAGAUCAGAUCAGUAACAGUGUACAUAUAAACGUGUAUACAUAUAGUGCGUAUUUUAUCCAGUCCCAGCCGGGAUUGGAUUGCCUUGACUUGUGACAUUCCUUUCUGUUUGGGUGCGCUUUAAAGUUGAGGUACGAAGUGUUUCCAAGAGUGGACGGUUUCCAAAGAUUUUGCACCUGCCUAUAAUCCCAGUCCAUUUAAGAACAACAGAAAUUAUAUUAGAAAACCACCCAUGCUUAAAUAUUAGUGGUAGAAAUACUAUGUGUAACAUGUUGUAAUGUCAUCUGUGAUCUUGCCUGCGUAUCCAAUGAUGAAUGGGAAGUCAAAUGUUGCCGGAUGUUUUUCAGAUUAAGCCAAAAUCACUCCGUGUAAACAGAAUAGUGUGUUCUGCCAGAUGUAGACUUUGGCACAUUGCUUCAAAAACUGAAAAUAUCCUUGGAACACAUUGUAGAGAGUAUACAUACACAGCAACUGUUCUACAAAAGAUAAUAUUUGUUUUCUCCUGGCAAUAAGGAAAGAUUAGAGCAUCCAUCAUGUAGUAUUUUCUGACAUUAUUUCUGUUGUGGUUAAUAUCUUGCAUGUGUUAUAGCUAUAUCCAUAACAAGGAGUGUAUUGGUUGCCACAGCAUUUGAGCAGCAUGGACCCUGGCUCUGCAAUUAACAAACAAAUGUGGUGUGUUUCAUAGCACUGUACUUAUAUAUGUAGGUUUGGGGGGAGACAGGAAAACAUAUCACCCCAAUACUUUCAUAUGGUCCCCAUCCCUAGACUAGCUAGUAUGCUUGUGAGACUUGAUGUUUGACUCCACAAGAUGUCCAGUCUCUCCCAAAGCUGAAAUAAAACCUGUGACUGUA